AAUAUACUCGCCAAAGGUUUUAUUAUUGUUAUUACUAUCAUCAAGGUAGAAAAAAAAAGGAUAGCUAUGGCUGUUAUUUUUUUAUCCUGAAAGAUAAAUAUGUACUACCUCCCUUUUGCUUGAUCUGGCUCCUUUCAGCCCAUUUGAUUGGUUUGUAUACUUUCAGAUGACAUUUAGUUUUCUUACUCUCAAAGCCACUAUUUUACUGUUUCCUCCAGCUACGCUUAGUAUGGAAAUUUCAUCAAUAUUUCUAGAUCUUGUGAUUGAGCUUUUCAAUAUAUUGACAUGCAUUUAUUGAAACCUUACUGAGUGUAGAUUUCCUGUAGUUGUCUCAACUAAUCUGCUUUUUUUUGUUGAAGUUGUAGAUGUAUUCUAUAAGUGACUUCAAACUUAUGUCAUAAUUCAUGAUUUAGCAUUUUCAACAAUUGUACUAAAUUCAGGCGCACGUUUCUGUCCAGGUUCUGAAGACUGGGAAAUACUCUUCGAAGGCAUGAAGUUGCAUUUUUAUACCAUAUCAUAGUAAGAUGAAAAAAAAAUAGUAAUUUGAAAAUGUUGAUGUGUUUUUCAUUUGUAAAUUUAUUAUUUGAGAAAAUAAGUUUAAAUAUUUAUGGUCCAAGGGUUUUUAUUCUAUGUUUACAUAUACAUUGAAGUUUACCUCUGUCAUAGUUUUUGUUUCAAUUUUUAUUCACUGAUAAUGUUAAAAGCAACAGGGUAUCGAUUUCUUUCUCUAAAAUGGAGACUACAUUCUGAGCAGUUGAAACAGUGGAUAGCCCUUACCACUUUUAAAGGAAUGCAACUAGCUCGAACAUAUAUGCAUAACUUGAAUUUAGAUGAAGCUAUAGAGGAAAUGGAUGAUUGUUGUGAGCUUGUUGGUUUGAUGCAAGAAUGCGGGUAUCCAACUGGGGGAAGACAUGAUCAUUGGAUUCGAUCGUUCAUUGUGAUGAAUGCAGAUUCAAUAGGGCCGCAACUAAUCGUGGAUAUAACAAAGAGGCUUGAAACCCAUCCAAACACCUUUAGCAGAUUUCGUUCCACGUUUUUUUCAGAGCCAAACUUCAUUUCUCGUAUGAAAUAUAAUAUCACAGCCUUAUCACCAGAUGACUUUGCUUCUUUCGCGCAUACGUUUUUGGGGCUCGCAUAUGGCUCUCAUGACUUGUAUUCUGAUCUUGAGCCAUUAACUUAUUCUUUCAGUUCUGCCGUUUCUGCAUCUCUUCGUGAUGCAUCUAACCCUUUUACAUUGAUGCUUUCUUUAGCCGAAUGUAACUUACUGUUAUCACAUAACAGCUUGAAAGAGCUUUCCGUAGAGCUAUCUAUAGCGUCAAAAAAGCUUUCUCGUGAAGAAAUCCGAUUGCUUAUUGGUCAUAUUUCUACACACGGCCAACAAAAACAUAAUUCUUGGGUGAUCGAUCUUCAACAAUCAUAUUUCAGUGAACCAUUAUUUGAUUAUGAAAGAAAAGAAGUUGUUUAUUUAAUGAAAAUGUUAGCUUACAUGAAAACUGAGCCGAUACCGCAAAUUGUUCAAUGUAUUAUUGCAUCUAUUCCACAUUUACCAGGUUCUGAGCUUCUUUCCCUUGCAAGAUCCAUUCACCAGUAUUCACUGGAUAUUCAGAAACAGACAGGCUUGACUGAUGUGCUUGAUAGUGUAAAAAAUACAUUAAACAUUGAUAUGGCCUCUAAAAUUAGUAAUUUUGAGGAAGGAGCACAGCUAAUUGCUUGUCUAUCUCAGCUUAAUUUCCCCGAAACAAGGCAGUUACUUUUAGAUCUAUUGCUGUGCUGUGAUCUUUCAAUGAUAACAACUAAAGGUAUAGCAAAUACUUGUAUUGCAAUGAACAGCCUGGACCACUAUCCUGUGGAGGCUGCAAUACUCUGUAAAGCAGAUCUAAAUCUUUCAACGAUUGACCAAGAUGAAGUAAUUCACAUUCUUCAUGCCUUUGUACAACUAAAGAGUACUGUUGAUAGAACUUUAGUAAAAAAAGCUCACGGUAAAUUUUCGAAAAGAGCUUUUACUCAAAGAAAGCGUGAACAUCAGACUAAGCUUGAUGUUUAUCGAGAUUCUUUAAUUCUUUUAGUCAUUUCUUUGGUAUACUUACAUGGAAAUGAGGAGUUAAAAGAACUAAAAGGAAUCGCUUUAGAUCUUUUGGACAAAAACCUUUUUGAUAAAGAUGAAAAAUUUUUUAUCCUAUCGAAGUUAAAAGAUGGUGAUGUGUCUUGUUAUGAUGUAAAAAAAUACGUUGUUAUGGAUCUGAUCAGUAGCAUAGCUGACAACUUUUCAUCCUUUGAAUAUCAACUCAUCUUGGAAACGUUGUCAGAUUUGGGUAUCCGAGAUGCCAACGCCUUUGUAAAAGUAUUGAAGCACCUUAAAAGAACAAAAUCUUCAAUACAAAACAUUUUGUGUGCGGCAAAAGCUGCUCAUAAACUACAAUUAAUUCCACAGUUUGAAGCUUCAAACAUUUCAGAAGCAUUUGACAGCUUAUCUGAAUGUGGAACGGAGGAUGUGUUUCUUUUGAUGCGUUUGUGUACACCAAUACAACGUACUAAAAUUAUUGAGAAUCCUCGAAUUCAAGAUAUCUUAAAUCACGUUGAUUUAAACAGCAUUUCGACAUCUGACUUAUUUAUAAUGUUUAACUUAUCUUUAAGCCAACGAGAAGGUCCGAUUCUUGAUCAGCUUGUUCUUCGUGCUCCUCUAAAAGAAACUGAUAUCGACGCCGAAGAAGUCAUUAUUGCCAUGGAAAAGCUUCAAAGCAGCACACUUAUGGAUAAAUUCGAGGGGGUAUUUCGAGUAGGCAGUCGUGCACUUCAAAAGGUCAACGAAGGCCAGCUAACGCGACUUUUUAAUUGUAUAAAAGAUUUAGCGAAGGGCCCGAAUAUUGUUUAUCGAGUAAUAGGUAGUGUGUUACUGAAAAUGGUUGACAAAAUUUCAGUGGACUGUGUUAUGAUGUGGCUUUUGUUGUACUUUGAAGCCCGCAUCCGGGACAAUAGUGUGGGUAGGGCAUUGGCUAAGAAAGCCCUUAGACACUCAGUAUUUCUUUCGAAAGAAAGUGCAAAAAAAUUGCAACGCGCUGCAGAGUUCUACGGACUGACACGUGAGACACAAGUGCAUAAUAGGAUGAAAAGGAACCAACCAUUUAUUGAUAAUCCUUUAAAUUUUUAA